CCCCUGUCCAACGACCACGUCUGCAGUGAGAGGGAGGGAUACAGAGAGGGGAGCAUCAGGGCCAGUGAGAGGGGUGAGAGCAAGAGGAAGGAGCUGAAAGAAACCUAGAAAAGCAAUGAGAGAAGAGACACACAGGAAAGAAAUAAAGCACUGAGGGACUGCACUCGAGGUUUUUGCAGAAGACGCAAACAAGGAGAGACGGCACCCCAGAUCAGGACAAGGAGACAGCUUUGCUGAGUUUACUUUUAUAAGUAACCCAGCAGCAGAGCAGGGAGAGCAGACACCCAGCAUGGAGCCCCUGAGAGCAGCCUGCAUGUGUCUCUUACUGUGCUUUGUAUGCAGUAAAAACACUAAAUUCAGUCCAGAGGCCUGGCUUCAACAGUAUGGGUAUCUGCCCCCAGGAGAUCUCCGUACUCACACCAUGCGCUCCCCCCAGUCCAUGACUGAGGCGAUAGCUGCCAUGCAACGAUUCUACGGAUUGACUGUGACAGGCAAAAUAGACAGCAAAACAGAAAGUGCUAUGAGGAAGCCACGUUGUGGUGUUCCUGACAAAUUUGGGUCUGAAAUCAAAGCAAACGUGAGAAGGAAGAGAUAUGCUAUCCAAGGUCUAAAGUGGCAACACAAGGAUAUUACUUUCUGUAUACAGAACUACACUCCAAAAGCGGGUGAAACUGAAACAUAUGAAGCAAUCCGAAGAGCCUUUAAAGUCUGGGAGAGUGCAACUCCACUGCGCUUUCGUGAGGUUCGAUAUAUCGACAUUCAAGAUGGAUAUGCCAAGCAUGCUGAUAUCAUGCUUUUCUUUGCUGAGGGGUUUCAUGGAGAUAGUACUCCCUUCGAUGGAGAAGGAGGCUUUUUGGCACAUGCAUAUUUUCCAGGUCAAGGCAUUGGUGGGGACACUCACUUUGAUGCAGCAGAACCCUGGACAACCCGGAAUGAGGAUCUUGAUGGUAAUGAUCUGUUUCUGGUGGCUGUUCAUGAACUUGGACAUGCAUUAGGCUUAGAACAUUCUAAUGAUCCAUCAGCCAUCAUGGCCCCAUUCUAUCAGUGGAUGGACACUAAGAACUUUCAGUUACCAGAUGAUGACCGCAGAGGAAUCCAACAGCUGUAUGGAAAUAGGGAUGGGGAACAUCAUCCAACGCGGGCACCCCGUCCCACACGUCCACCUCAGCCUACACCCAGUCAUAUACCAGACGCUGGUCCUUAUGACCCCGAUACUCCUUAUGGCCCUGAUAUCUGUCAAGGCAACUUUGAUACCAUUGCUGUAUUGAGGGGAGAAAUGUUUGUGUUCAAGGAGCGCUGGUUCUGGCGUGUACGUCAUAACCGUGUGAUGGAUGGGUAUCCCAUGCCUAUUGGACAAUUCUGGCGCGGGCUUCCCAACUCUAUUAACUCUGCAUAUGAACGCAAGGAUGGAAAAUUUGUCUUUUUCAAAGGAGACAAAUACUGGGUAUUUGAGGAAAACAUUCUUGAGCCUGGAUAUCCUAAGACACUGAAGGAGCUUGGCCGAGGACUACCAAGUGAUAGGAUUGAUGCUGCCCUCUACUGGAUGCCCAACGGAAAGACCUACUUUUUCAGGGGAACCAAAUACUACCGCUUUAAUGAGGAAAUGAGGGCAGUGGAUGCGGAUUACCCUAAAUUGAUCAAAGUGUGGGAAGGAAUACCUGACUCUGUCCGAGGAGCAUUCAUGGGCAGUGAUGGUGCCUUCACCUAUUUUUAUAAGGGUAACAAGUACUGGAAAUUCAACAACCAACAAUUGAAGACAGAAUCUGGCUUCCCAAAAUCUGUUCUACCAGACUGGAUGGGCUGCAGUUCAGCAAGAGUACCUGAAGAUAAGGAUGAUGACAGGGAAGUCGUAAUCAUUGAAGUGGAUGAAGCAAGUGGAGGUGUAAGCACUGCAGCUGUUGUGGUUCCUGUUCUUCUAUUGCUUUGUGUCUUGAGCCUUGGACUUGCUGUCAUUCUUUUCAGGCAGUGUGGAACUCCCAAGAGGCUCCUAUAUUGGCAGCGCUCUCUGCUGGACAAAGUCUGAGACCAAAUAAAACUGGACCCUCCCCCCAUCACUGCGUCUCCAUCCAUCCCACGGCUACCUUCCUCCACACACAGACAACACGAGGAGCAGUGUGACCCACUUGGGGAGGGAGGGGAAGAGGUUGAUGCAGUUUACAUCAUCUGGACCUCUUGUUAUUUAUGUGGCACGCUGCGCUGUGUUUAACCCCUUCACUGCCAGGGUAAAGCCACAUCAUCCAAGAUGGUUAUUGCGCAGUCACAGGAUUUUUUAUACAAUUGGUUGUUGUUGGUCAGGAAGACAGUUUGGAACAACGUGGGGGUCAUAUACAUGUAUUAGUGCAUAGCAAAACGACAUUUUGAGGGUCAUAAAAGGAGCCAAUACCAAUUCUUAAUUUUGUGAAGUUGUCUGCCUGCACCUUCCCCCAGACUGCACUAUUCCAUUGCUCUUAUGGAACAGUAAAACAAAGGUGACGAAAUGUUGAUAUUUUGGAUGGGUCUUUUGAUAAUAAUUAGCUGGUGUCUUCUCUCAAUCAAAUAGUGCUAAUAUAAUUUUUCUUAAACUUCACCCAAUGAGUAUAUGGGUUUAAUCGCAACAAAAAUAUAAAAUGUAUAUAUCAUUUGAAAUAUCAGUUUCGAUAUGAAGGACCAUUUGAUUUUGCACUUAUUUUAAGAGAAUUUUUUUAGGCAAGCCAGCCCUAACAGGAACGAGCAAAUACAAAACAAAAAUUUCCAGCCGCUGGAGUUACAGCACACACAAUAGCAAAUAUAUAAAUUUCUAUGUAUUCCACAAAUGUUUACAUAUAUUUCUGAAUGUUAGAAAAGUUCUUUCAGAGGAGAGACAUAUUUUAGAUAGGGUUUCCAGUUUCCUAAACUCAGCACUAUUUAAUUGAGAAUAAAAAGACCCCUGAUGUCACCUAUGCAAAAUAUUUUGUUUUACUGUCCCUAUUCUUGUCUAGGGUAAGUAUUUCUGAGGAAGACACAUUUUGUCUUUCUCUGUAAACCUGCCUAAAUAGGUCUGAGGUUAUCCUCCCUCCUUCCCCAGGUUACAUGGCAUCUACAGAACUGAAGCAGCUAAUAUUACCACCGCUGUUAUAAAAGGGAAUAGAGAACUGCUAUAUAACAUUUGCUUGUUAAAAUGGUUGUCACGUGAAUUGCCAAAUAUAGGAUCUCUCUACUGCAGCUUUCAGAUAUUUACAUAGCAUUUUUGGUAAAUGUUGCUGUACUUUUAUUUCUAGUUGUUUACAUGGGUUGUAUAAGCUUACUACUAGGGGCCAUUUUCCAGGUGCUUAUGUUGCCCUGGAUCUGCAUUGUUGUACAGUACAGUACUGACUCCACAAAGAUGACUGUGCCCAGUAGAAAGCCUUUAGAACCAGCACAAUGUCAGGGAAUAAAUCUUAUGAUUGAGGCUUGCCAGGAAGAUAUAUUAUUCAUUACCCACCUAAUGUUGGUGUGGAAAAUGUAUAUAUAUAUUUUUUAACUUAUCUGCUGUUUUUUAACUUAAUGUUACUAGUAGUGAUUACAAAAAUAGCUAUUAAUAAAUGAAACCUGGCCAUGUUAUAAAAAGUUGUUUCUCCUUGACAGCAAAUUGGGGGAAUAAUAAGCCAAUAUGAAGUAUUUCUUACAAUUAACUUUAACUUGUGUGGCAGACAAGAAACUGUGACCUUCAGCCCUCCUCGUUAAAAUGCAUUCAUACAAAAAUGAUCACUGAUGAAUGUGAAGGAGGACUGGCCAAACGGUAGCUCCCUUAAGCUGUUGUUACACAGCAUAUUUUGGGCAUUGUUGUCUGAUAGAUGCCACUGUAGAACUUAAGUAAAGGAACAGCUCUGGCCAUGGGAGGGUAAUUUUAACCCUCGGAAUAAGCGACCAUUUGUGGCAUUAUCACAAACUGGGGCUUGUAAUCCCUAUUCCAGAAUAAACCUCCUACUUAUUUAGACUUAGUACAGUUUUAUUAGGCAUGCAGCAUAAUAUGUUUAAGGUCUAGAUUAAUUGUAGAGUAUUGUUUAUUUCAUACUGUAAUGAGCACUAAAAACAGGAUUCAAACAGUGUUUGCAUGUUGACCAAGUGACUGUGUGUGGGAUUAGGAAAUUUCAGUCCUGCAAAAUAAAUAUAGAUUAGUAAUCUAUAUGGGGACAGAUGAGGAGUUAGGUAAGUGUUUUUGCAGAGCAGGAAUCUGUAUCUGGGAAAGGGAGGUACAAGUCUAUGGUCACCCAACUCCUGAAAUGCCGCACAAGGUACCCCGUCCCCCGUUUAAUUUCUUUCUGACGCCUCCUCUCUGCCCCUUCACCAUUCUAUGCAUUCUGAAGUCUCUGGAAGGGAAGCAAUACGUUUCAACUUUAAGGAGUACCUGCAGGCCCUUAACUGGGACGGGGUGAAUCACUGCUCUGCUGGAUGUUACCGUGCUCGAUUCAUUUUAGUUAUUGCCCUGCAGGGCUCUGACAGAGGGAGCAUUAAUCACUGCUUUGCAAGUCUCCUGCAAAGAAGGGUUAAUCACUACUCUGUUAGGGAAGGGUUUAAUAACUGUUUUGCUCAUCGCUGCAUGGAUGUAGUUAACCACAGCUCUUUAAGUCUGGCAGAGAAUGGGUUAAGUUCUGCUCUGGCUGUCUCUUUUUUUUAAGGAAAGGGUUAAUCACAGCAUUACAGGCCUUAAUAGCAGGAAAGAGGUUAAUCACUGCUUUGCAAUUUUCUGUGGCAGGGAACGGGUUAAUCACAGCUCUGCAGGUCUCUGGCAUGGAUAAGGGUUAAGAAGGGCAGAUCACAUGGUACGUUCAGGGGUGGGGGUCACGUUUGCUUGUUUCCUGUCUUUCUCCUUCCUUUGAUUUAUAUUUUUAUUAUUAUUAUUAUUAUUAUUUGAUAAUGAUGCUCCACGCAUUUGCGCACAGCACCUGCAGGUCAGGCCGCAUUGCGCCUCCCUCUUAUCCACUGCCAGAGGGAUCUGUGGGGUAACUCACAUCCGAUGAACACGUUUAAUUGGUCCCUCAAGCAAUGAGUGCCAGAGCCCUUUACCCCAACCCCAAAACCUGCACUGGGGCUUGGAGACUGCCCUAAUCAUCGUCCCUUCAAAGUGCCUUCAUAGCAUACACAGUGAUGUGUGAAGGGCCGAAAUAUCCAAUGUUUCUUCAGUUGAGACAAUUGAAGAAAGAGUUGGUGGCCUCUUGCUGAUUUUAUUAAAGCAUAACUUGUGGGCAAAAUCUGUGUUUUUUUAUGUUUUUUACUUUUGUAAAUUUUAAGAAAAGCUAUUUGUUAUGAACAAAAAAAAACAACAACAUUUUGUAACACUAGAAAUAUAAAAAUACCAAAAUGUGAAAUGGUGUUUUUUUCUGUGUAUUUGUGCAUUAUUAACAUUUAUUUAAAGGAUGCUGUGUAUUCUACUUUACCAUCCAGCUUGGAUUCUGAACUAGUAAGCAUUGAACAAAGUAAAUAUAUGCAAAACCGUAAACAA